CGAGAAUGUCUUUUGUCUUGGAAUAUACUUUGCCGCAGCAUGGGUAAUUCUGUGGCUCAAUGAAUCGUCGGCAGAGUUGAGGUAUCCCCUUGCUAACAAAGGCGUUGCACUGGUAAAGGCGGAGAAGGGCCUUCCGGCCGCCCUCCCUCUUCUCUCGCCAUCGAUGGCGGAUUCUUCUUCGCUCCGAAAGGAUCGCCAGAUAAAAUACUUCCUCCGAUGUCUGAAAACCUUUCUCCCUCAUCAGUAUACCUCCAAUGACUCAAGUCGAAUGACCCUGGCCUUUUUCACCGUCGCGGGUCUUGAUCUGCUCGACGCCUUGGACGACAACAUCUCCCCCGCGGAGCGCAAGGGCUAUAUUGAUUGGAUAUACCAUUGCCAGGUGCCAUCUGGUGGCUUCCGGGGAUUCCCAGGGACGAUAUUUGGGGACUCUAAGAGAACCAGUGAAAAUGAGUGUUGGGAUCCCGCCAAUGUUCCCGCCACGUUCUUUGCGCUCAUGGCUUUGAUUGUAUUGGGGGACGACUUAACCCGUGUUAGGCGGCGAGAAUGCUUACUGUGGUUAGCCGGAAUGCAGCGGGCGGAUGGAAGCUUUGGGGAGGUAUUAGGAUCUGAAGGACGGAUUGAAGGAAGCAAUGAUUUACGGUUUUGCUGUUGCGCGGCUGGCGUACGCUAUAUAUUACGGGGGAGGGAUGCGAGCGAUCUCCGGGAUGUUGGCGAUAUCGACGUUAGCCGUCUAAUCUCUCACAUUGAAGAGUGUCAGUCAUACGAUGGAGGCUUUUCAGUGUCACCAAUGACCGAAUCGCACGCUGGUUUGACAUACUGUGCCCUCGCGUCGCUUUCAUUCCUUGGGUGCAUCCCGGCUACGGGUGUCCGUGGUGUGCCUUUUCUCGCCCCUACAGCAACGAAUUUCGAAGACUUGGUACGCUGGUUGGCAUGGCGACAAACGGUAGACCUUGAAGAGGCGGAAGAAGGCGAAAGUGAUGCCGAAGAAAUGGCAGUCACUGACGUGCAAACAUCGAUAGAUGAAAAAAUAUCUGCACUCCCGGAUAUACCUUCUCUCUCACAGCGGCCUUGUGAGGAUCUCCAUUGGGCAGGAUUCAAUGGCAGAUCGAAUAAAAUAGCCGACACGUGUUACUCUUUCUGGGUGACAGGGACACUGGGUAUUCUUGACAGGCUGAACGUUGUCGACGCAGAAGCGAAUCGCCGCUAUCUCCUUGAGAAAACACAGCAUAUCAUCGGGGGGUUUGGGAAGUGUGUCGAUGACCCACCAGAUCUCCUCCACUCCUACCUGGGACUAGCAAGCCUUGGUCUUUUUGGCGAAGCCGGAAUUGCCAGGGUCGACCCAACAUUCUGUACUAGCAAACGAGCACGUCGGCACCUCGAGUCUCUUCCUUGGUGGGCUGGCUCGGAAUCCCAUUGAUAGAGGCAUGCGGGAGAACAAUGGCUUUCUUACAAAGAGCAAAAGUCGGUAGAAGCUCAGCAAAACCGGGGGUGGGGAGAAUAUCGAAUAUAAUUUGUCAUGUUGGGAUUUCAAAAACACCCUGGUUAAUGAGAACAUUUGAUGGGGGAGCGAUUCACGAACUCCCGACCUCUUGAUGGCAUGAGAGGAGAGCAUUCCAAUUAGUACAAACUAUUUUAUCCAGACGAUAAGUAGCCAGCGCAUUCAAUUCUCCCUCAAUGAAAUAAGACCGGUAGACCGAUGUCGAUAUGAAGGGGUAUGUCAGGCAGCCUCUGUAUGUAGUUAGUUAGGCUGAUUAUUAAAUUUAUUGAUUGGUGCUAGUCCAAGCAGACCGCGAAUGACCUCUACAUAUC